GAUAAACAAUCAAACAUGCAUAAUUUCUGCAUAAACUUGCAACGUUGCUGCUUUUACGUGCCGCCGACGCCGCCGACGCCGACGAGUAUCGCCAAUGAAGACUUGAAGGAAGCACUUAAGCAUCACAUAUUGUCUCCAGAAAGGAUGUGGACUCUUGGCUAUCCAGUGGAACUGGAGCCAAACUCUUCGAAGGCAGUAGUGUAUAUUAAUCCGCCGCCUCGACCUAGACCUCUGCCUACCCAUUGGAAUGUCAACGCUCCGGAGUUUGUACCCGGUUCACAGGGUGACAGCGGUCGUGGGUCAUGGGAUACGACUCCACGAUCCGACAGUGACGAAGAAGUCGACACCGUAGAACAUACCUGUGUGAGAUGUGAUAGACAGUUUCAAAUGACAGCCGAUGGAGAAUUUACGAAAUUUGAUACUUGUAUUUACCAUUGGGGACGUGUGAGUGAGAGUCGUUACUCGUGUUGCAAGUCAUUAGUGGGUUCUAAAGGCUGCACCGUAGCCCGAUUUCAUGUGUGGAGUGGCACUCGUCCUGGAAUGAAUGGGCCCCUCGAAGGAUACGUACGAGCCCGUUCGCGUCGCGGUGGCGUCUACGCCUUGGACACAGAAAUGUGUUACACGAGUGCAGGUUUGGAAUUAGCCAGUGUUGCGGUCAUCGCCGCUGAUGGACAACUAGUGUACCAAGAAUUCGUAAAACCGAGUUCACCGGUAGUGGAUGCCAAUACUCGUUUCUCCGGCAUCAGGCCGCGCGACUUGGCGCUCGCGACUAAGACGUUGAGAGACGUUCAAGAUGAUAUUCUUGAAUUCGUGGGUACUGACACAAUCCUCAUUGGUCAUGCCCUCGAAAAUGACCUGCGUGCACUAAAACUUUUACAUAGCGCAGUGGUGGAUACGUGUGCAAUGUAUCCUCAUCCUCGGAGUUUUCCCAUGCGAAGAUCAUUGCGGGCUCUCUCCGAGGAGGUGCUGGGCCGCAUGAUCCAGUGCGGAAGCGCCGGUCACUCUCCUGUAGAAGACGCACGAACGGCGCUAGACUUAGUGCUAAUGAAAUUAUACGAAGAACGAGCAAGCCGCGCCAUACUGCAGCCGUACGAUCCGCUAAUUAGUGGUAUUUGA